AUGAUAAACGUUGUAAUCGACGGCCAGCAUCUGCAGAUGGAGCUUGAUACUGGUGCUCCGUGUGGAAUAAUUUCAGAGGCAAAGCUUAGAGGAAUCAAACCAAAUUUUUCGUUGCAACCAUCAGAUAGACACUUUUCAAGCUACUCGGGCCACCGUAUCAACUGCCUUGGUCGUGUACCAGUUAACGUAUCCAUUGGAUCGACAACGCGCAAAUUAAAUGUAUAUGUUGUGUCUGGCGAAUCCGACCCUCUCUUUGGACGUGAAUGGAUUGCUCAGUUUACUAGCCAGAUUAACAUCAACCAAAUGUUUGCUCCAUGCGCACAUAUCAACGUGCUAACGCAUUCUGAACUAUCUCCAAAUCAAGAAGUGCAGUUGUCAGAACUGCUCGAUAAGUACGAAGAAAUCUUUAGUGACGUUGCCGGCAAGCUAGUUGGGCCUCCAGCAAAAGUACACUUGAAACCGGGUUCAUCCCCUAUUUUUGCUAAGGCUCGUGAGGUUCCAUUUGCUCUACGAGAUCGUUACGCUACCGAAAUCGAGAAAAAGAUCACCGCAGGAUUUUACGAAAAGGUGGACUAUUCGGAAUGGGCUUCGCCGACACACAUCGUUGUGAAGAAGAACGGGGGUAUACGUAUAACAGGCAACUAUAAACCUACUGUUAAUCCGAGGAUGAUAAUCGACGAGCAUCCAAUCCCGAAAGUCGAAACAAUUUUCAACAAACUAAAGGGAGCCUCUUUGUUUUGUCAUCUAGAUUUAACCGAUGCCUAUACACAUCUGCCAAUCGAUAGCGAGUUCAGUCAUGUGCUCACACUAAAUACUACGACCCACGGCCUCAUUCGCCCCACGAGAGCCGUUUACGGUGCAGCGAAUAUUCCGGCUAUUUGGCAACGUCGAAUGGAGAGCAUUCUUCAAGGUUUGGAUAACGUUGUCAGUUUUUACGACGACAUCAUCGUCGCCGCAGACAACUUUAGCGAUCUUCUGUUAACCCUCACAGCGACAAUGGAUAGGUUGAAGCAAAACGGGAUACGACUCAACCGAUCAAAGUGUAUCUUCGCUGUUUCAUCUUUGGAAUGCCUAGGUCACAGAAUCGACCGUCACGGUCUGCAUAAAUCUGACAAACACAUCGAAGCAAUUCGCGACGCGCCACGACCUGAAACCCCCGAGGAAUUGCAGCUUUUCUUAGGUAAGGCAACCUAUUACAGUGCGUUUAUUCCGAAUCUCUCCUCUAGAGCACGAAGCAUGCGUGACAUGCUGGUCACCGACACGUUUGAGUGGACUGUUGAGGCAGACAAGGCGUACCAAGAUUUGAACGAGGCACUUAUCUCUCCGCAAGUACUGAUGCAGUACGACCCAACAUUACCACUUGUUUUGGCAACAGACGCAAGCAAGACAGGACUCGGAGCGGUACUUUCCCAUUGCCUGACUAAUGGAACGGAACGACCGAUAGCAUACGCCAGUUGCACGAUGUCCAAAACAGAACAACAGUACCCACAAAUCGACAAAGAAGCCCUCGCGAUAGUGUGGGCGGUUAAAAAGUUUUUUCAUUACCUAUAUGCCCGAAAAUUUACUUUGAUCACAGAUCACAAGCCACUCACGCAGAUUUUGCACCCAAAAAAGUCCCUUCCGACACUAUGCAUCAGUCGAAUGGCAAACUAUGCUGAUUACCUGGCUCAUUUCAACUUCGAUGUAAUCUACAAACCAACCAAACUGAACACCAACGCCGAUUAUUGUUCCCGCAUUCCGAGCAGAUCAACUCAGUCCAACGUCAACAUUCUGUCUAGCGAGGAAAGAGAUGACGAAGAUGGAUUCGAACGGUUUGCCCUUCUUCAGAUACAGCAACUCCCACUGCGAGCUGAUACCAUAGCACGCGAAACACGGAAGGAUCCGCAGCUCGGGAAAAUUGUUCGAGAAUUGGAAUUAGGUCGUAACCUUACACAGUUAGGCUACAAGGCGCCAGAGACAAAAUAUGCGAUAGUCGCCAAUUGCUUGCUAUUCGAACAUCGAGUAGUUAUUCCAGCUGUUCUGCGCCAGGCAAUCCUACAUGAUCUGCAUACAGCACACUUCGGUGUCGUCAGGAUGAAAGGACUGGCGCGAUCAUAUGUUUAUUGGCCAGGAAUUGACGCGGACAUAGAACGAACAGCAAAGUCAUGUAUGGAGUGCGCGCGUUUUGCACCGGCACCACCAAAGUUCAGUAUUCACCACUGGGAAUAUCCAAACGGGCCGUGGGAACGAAUUCACAUCGAUUAUGCCGGUCCCGUUGCUGGUGUAAUGCUACUAAUAAUCGUCGAUGCAUUCAGUAAAUGGUGCGAAGUUAAAUCCACUACGUCUACAACAACAGCUGCCACUAUCAAGCUUCUCGACGGGCUCUUUUCGGCAUAUGGCGCACCAGUAACAAUAGUGUCGGACAACGGACCACAGUUUACCGCCACGGAAUUUAAAACUUUUCUGCAGCAGAGCGGUGUGAAAUAUCACAAGCUGUCAGCUCCUUAUCACCCUGCAACUAAUGGCCAGGCCGAGCGUUAUGUACAGACGGUCAAAAAUGCUUUGAAGGCGAUGGGAACAACUAGUGAAAACUUGCAAAGCAAUCUUAACGUUUUCUUGCAACAGUACCGAAAAGCGCCGCACACCGAAACUGGAGAAUCACCAGCGAAAUUGUUCCUUGGUCGAAACAUCCGGACUCGACUGGACCUCGUACGUCUACAGAAUGCCAACACGAACAUCACUGAGAAACAGCAAGCAACGUUCUCCCCAUCGUUCCGCUUAUUCACACCAGGCCAACAAGUGUUUUUCCUUUCCGGUAAUCCGCGGAUGGACAAAUGGAUUCCUGGAAUCAUUGCUGUACGGUUGGGAGAUUUGCACUACGAGAUUGUUUACAAGUCAAACCAUCUGAAACGUCAUGUCGAUCAAAUCAGAUGUUUCGAAGGUAGCGACGGAAAGCAGCCAACACAAACGCACACACCUUCAAGCGAACCAAGGUAUUCGAUGGCAGCAGGUGAGGCCCCUCGCACCGUUCGUUAUUAUAGCAACACAAUGACAUCACAAGAGCCACCAGUAUACGCAGAAUCCAGCGCAUCAGGCGAAAGGUCUUCUGUCCCAGAUUCAUCUGAUGAACAAUUUGUGACACCAAGGUCCAGUCCGGUUCAGUAUAGAGAAAACUCUCCACCUGCAGUCCGCCGCACGAACAGACUACGUCGUGCCCCUCUACGAUAUUCUCCGUAA